AUGUCCUUUGAGAUCAAUUGGCAGGAUUUGGGUGAGGAUGAGGCAGUUAAUGACUCUAUUAAGAGCUUUUUGAACUCGCAUUUGCAAUCGAUAUCGCUGCCAAGUUACGUUAGUAGCCUACAGGUGACGGAUUUCUGCCUUGGUGGCAUCCCCCCCAAUAUCACUCUGCGAGAAAUCUCAGACCCUCUAGACGAAUUUUACAACCACAUCGAAAAGGAGGAGCUGCCAAAAGACAAGAUUCCAGAAGAAAGCGACUCUGGCUGUCAAUCUGCUGACGGAGAGAACGGGGAUUUGCUGCCUGAGGUUCAGGCCGAAAGUGAUCUACAGUUCUUGGUCGAAGUUGACUAUAAAGGUGACAUGAGGAUCGGAGUUAGCGCUGAGCUUGCGCUGAAUUACCCGAGCCCCUCUUUUAUGACUCUACCUGUGAAGCUAUCGAUUACGGACCUUGGUAUACACGCGCUUUGUCUUGUGGCCUACAUUUCGAAGCAGCUUUUCGUAAGCUUUCUUUGCGACGUUGCUGAUCCUAUUUUGGAUGCUCGUGAGUCACUAAUAGACCUAGGGAGUUCCGCAAUCCUUGGCAAGAAAUCCCUUGAAAGGAUAUCGCUCAUCAGGAGCAUUAAAAUCGAUAGUGAGAUAGGUGAACAAAACAACGUCGAAGGCUCUGUACUGCGUAGUGUAGGGAAGCUGGAGCAGUUUUUGCUUGAAGUCUUUAGGACGAUUCUUAAGAAGGAAGCUGCGUGGCCAAGCUGGAUAAACCUCGAUUUCAAUGAAGACCCAUCGGGGAAUGAAUCUUCUGAUGAAGAUUAG